GGCGGUUCCGCCAGCGCCGGGGACGUGACGUGUCCCUCCCGAGAUGGCGGACAACCUGCCCUCCGAGUUUGAUGUGGUGGUGAUAGGCACCGGUUUGCCUGAAUCUAUUAUUGCAGCAGCAUGUGCCAGAAGUGGCCAGAGAGUUCUUCACGUGGAUUCGAGAAAUUACUACGGUGGAAACUGGGCCAGCUUUAGUUUUUCAGGACUAUUGGCCUGGAUUAAAGAAAAUCAGGAAAAGACUGAUGUCAGUGAGGAGUGUGAAGAGUGGAGAAAACUGAUCCUCGAGAAUGAAGAGGCUAUUUCUCUUAGCAAGAAGGAUAAAACUAUUCAACAUGUAGAAGAUUUCUGUUUUGGCGAUCAGGAUGCAGCUGAAGAUGUUGAAGAAGCUGGUGCACUGUCAAAGCUGCCUGGGUUUGGAGCCUCUGCUGCCGAGGGGCUUGCUCAGGCAUCAGAAAAAGGUGGCCCACCAGUGGAGAGUGCCUCAUUAGAAGUGGAGAGCCAGGAGCCAGAAAAGGCUGCAGACUCCGAGCCAGCAAGUGCAACAGAAGGGAAUGAUACAGAAGUAACCUCUGAGAAUGAGAGCACUCCCGAUGCGGCUUUGGGCACAACUGCUCUGGAACCAGGGAAAGCCGAAACUGCACCUGCAGAUACUUCUGCCAAAGAACCAAAGAGGAUCAUGUAUUCCCAGAUUGUUAGAGAAGGCAGAAGGUUUAAUAUCGAUUUAGUUUCCAAGCUGAUGUUCUCCCGAGGUCUGUUAAUCGACCUGCUGAUCAAGUCCAACGUCAGCAGAUACGCGGAGUUCCAAAACGCCACACGAAUUCUGGCCUUUCGAGAGGGAAGAGUGGAACGGGUACCUUGUUCUAGAGCAGAUGUCUUCAACAGCAAACAGCUCACAAUGGUGGAAAAGAGAAUGCUAAUGAAAUUUUUGACAUUUUGUUUGGAAUAUGAACAACAUCCUGAUGAAUACCAAGACUAUGAGAGCAGCACGUUUGCUCAGUUCUUGAGCACACGAAAGUUAACAGCCAGCUUGCAGCACUUCAUUCUUCACUCCAUUGCCAUGGUUUCAGAGACUGAGUGCAGCACUCUUGAUGGUCUUCAGGCAACAAAAAAAUUUCUUCAGUGCCUUGGCCGCUAUGGCAAUACACCAUUUCUGUUUCCUAUGUAUGGCCAAGGAGAGAUCCCACAGUGCUUCUGCAGGCUGUGUGCUGUCUUUGGAGGUAUCUAUUGUCUUCGCCAUUCUGUGCAGUGCCUUGUAGUGGACAAAGAAUCUGGACGAUGCAAAGCUAUUGUGGAUCAUUUUGGACAAAGAAUAAGUGCUAACUAUUUUAUUGUGGAAGAUAGUUACCUUUCAGAGAGCACAUGCACCAAUGUGUGUUACAGGCAGAUCUCCAGAGCAGUGCUCAUUACAGAUCAGUCUGUGCUAAACACAGAUUCAGAGCAGCAGAUUUCCAUUUUGUCAGUGCCUCCUGUGGAUCCAGGAAAACCAGCAGUUUGUGUCAUUGAGUUGUGUUCUUCCUCCAUGACAUGCAUGAAGGACACUUAUUUAGUCCACUUAACCUGCCCAUCAACUAAAACUGCUAGGGAAGAUUUAGAGCCUGUUGUACAGAAGUUAUUCCAUCUAAAUACAGAAAAAGAGACUGAAAAUGAAGAACCAGGAAAACCUAGAGUCCUCUGGGCAGUCUACUUCAACAUGAGAGAUUCAUCAGGAGUUGAGAAAGAUGCAUACAGUGGCUUACCCUCAAAUGUUUAUGUCUGUUCUGGACCUGACUCUGCUUUAGGAAAUGACUGUGCAGUCAAACAGGCUGAGGCUAUUUUCCGAGAAAUGUUCCCUGCAGAGGACUUCUGCCCACCGCCACCAAACCCAGAAGAUGUUAUUUAUGAAGAGAAUGAAACUGCUCCAGAAGAGUCUGAAGUCAGUAUUUCACCAGAGACAGAACCUAAAUCCUCAACUGAGGAAAGCCAUAGUGGAGGCAGUAUUGCUGUUAAAAAGGAAGAUGACGAAAAGUGAAUUAGCACUGUUAGUAGCCCACUCUUUGUAAAAGGAGGAUGAAGGGUAAGAAAAAGAGGUUUAAAGCCCCCAUAGCUGUGUUAUUUGCAAUGGCCUUACUUUCUUCUUACCUGGAAUUAUGUUUCUUUGUCACAUAGUUCAACUGACAGCUGAGACGUUUCUAAAUAGGUCCACCAGAUCCAGAAAUGUUUGUAGCUAAACAAAAUACACUGAACAAAGCAUUGGAUUAAAAAAGCUAAACCAGGAUUCACAACUUGUUGGGAGAAUUUAGAAUCACAAUUUGGUUUACAUCAUGGAAGGAAUCCUCCAUCUUUUGUACAGGCAACAAGUCAAAACUAAUCAGAAGAAAAAAUAUGCAAGUUUGCUUAGCAGUCAGCAGAUGAUCUUCUGAUACUACAUAUCAAAGAUCUGCUAAAAAUCGUUGGAUCAGUGCUAAUUAAAGAGCUGAAGGUGAGCUUCACAACCUGUCCUUCAAAGUGGGUUUAUGAAUGGAACUUAAAGGAAGUGAUAUUGACAGUUCUGGAGUUGCUCUAGAAUAUGUAAUAAAUGUCAUGUUUAAUUUGUAUAAUGAAAGAUUUCUUGUAUGGUUUUGAAACUGAUGCCAUAAUUUAGCAGCAACUAUAAUUCAGUAGAUGUUCCUCACAUUAAACUAUUAUUCUGCAUUCAGUGGUUUUUAAUUAGAUCUACUAGUUCACACAUUUCAACUGGUGACUUAAUUUACUGUAGUCAGGAAAAGAGCACAAUUUACACUUCAUGCUAGAUUUCCCAACAAAGUUUAAACUGGAGUGUACCUGUGCUUAUAUGUCCUUGACUUGUUGCAGGAUUUGAGCCUUUUAAUAAGCCUCUGAAUUUGUGAAGUAUGGAGUAUGAGAAGUUUAGGUUAUCAUUAACUGAGGUGAUUUUUGUGGUGGGGAGAAAGUUCAACUGAUAAUUCCAAAGGUUCAAAUUGAUCCCAGUUAAUAGGAUUCAAAUUAGUGUGACAGCUGUAAAUUAUGCCCUUUGUAAUGAUAAAUCAUAAAGCAUUUAUACAGUAAAAUCUAUUGAAGUAUUUAUAAGCACAGAUUGUAUGAAAGAUUACAACAUAGGAAAGCUGUUAUAGAUGGCUUGAGAAACUUGCACUUCUUCUGAAAAUGCUUGAAAUUAGAUAGUCAGAAGAUAUAAAAAUAGUUAGCAUUUACUUAAAUCUUUACCCAGUAGAUCAGAAGUGUAUCUAAAUACAGAGAUCGGUGAGUUUUGAUGAGUUGAGAUUUAAAGCUCUGUG